CGCCGCCAUUAGCCUAUAGGGGCUAUAGGGCCUAUAGCUGAGCUGGAUUUUGAUCGGCACGGUCUCCGAUGCUAUGCCACCACCUCUGCGGCCCAAGGGCGAGCACCGUGAGGCUCCAUCUGACGAACGGCCAACCCUUGCCUCGGUCUUUGCACCGCCCAAGCGGAAGGUGGCUCCGGAGGCUAUCAAGGAAGAUGCAGUGAGGCGGGCUGUGCAGCAGGGCUGUCCCACUCUCGAUGAAGAUGCCAUCGACUACUUGGCCAACAUGGCCGUGUCCUUGGUGCAAGACUUCAACGAUGCUGAAUCGUUGAGACAGGAGUUGGAGGAGGGCUUUUUACCUAUGCUGGAAGAGUACGAGAUCUCCACGGAAGACGCCCAGAGUCUUUGUGCUAGCGUGUUGCAGGCCGCAGCGCCUAGUGACGGGCCGGCCGCUGAGUUGGGUGCAGUGGAUGAGGCAGAGUUCUUGUGCUAUCUUCCGAAUUUGCUGCUAAUGUACGGUGGUAGUCCAGAGCCAUUGUUGCGAGGUGCAUGUUUGGAGAUCAGGCGUGGCCAUCGCUAUGGAGUGGUUGGCUCCAAUGGAUCUGGCAAGACCACAUUGAUGGCAAGGAUCGCCAGCAAAGACAUAUCUGGCCUUCCUGAAGAUUUGCGUGUGGUUUUGCUGCGCCAUGAGGCCAUCCUGCAGGGCGUUCGAAGGUCGACAAAGGUCCGCGACUACGUCCAGCAACGCAAUGUUGGCGAGGACGCGGCCUCUGAGGAGGACAUGGAGAAUGCUCUGCAGUGCAUGGGCUUCGAGACGGAGGAGCAAAUGGGCAAAGCAGUUUUGGAGCUCAGUGGCGGAUGGCAGAUGCGAUUGGCAUUGGCCUGUGCUGUGGCGCGCAAGGCGAAUCUGCUCUUGUUGGACGAGCCAACCAACCACUUGGACGCUGAAGGCGUCAAAUGGCUGGUGGACUUUAUCAACAAGACUUGUGCUGAUGACCAGGGAGCUGCAAUGAUCGUGUCCCAUGAUCCAGACUUUCUAGAUCUGGUUUGUACAGAUGUUGUUCACUUUUCUCCCAAUUCUCAAAAAGGGAAGUUGGCUUAUUAUCCGGGCAUUUUCUCCGCCUUCAAGGCCAACCAGCUGAACGGAGACGAUGCAGAGGCCAAGCGCGUUCUGGAGACCGAACAGGAAUCGAGCUUGGGUUUGGGCCCAAACGAUGGGAACCGCAUGGCCUUCCCUAUUCCGGAAAGAAUUGGUGAUACCACCGCAGAGCGCAAGGCAGCAGUCGUGACUUUAGACAAGGCCUCCUUCCAGUACAAAGGUGCUGACAAUUUGGUCUUUGAGGACAUCUCCGUGGAGCUCAGCAUGUCGAGCCGAGUCGGCAUCGUCGGGAAAAACGGAUCCGGAAAAUCCACAUUAUUGUCCAUGCUCGCCGGCCGAAAGCAGCCCACCACUGUUGGCGGAAGGACUGGCAGGCUUUGGUGGCACAAGGAUUUGCGUCUGGCUUACAUCGCCCAGCAUUCCUUGGUGCAUUUGGGGAACUACGUGGAGAAGACACCCUUGGAAUACAUGCAAAUCCGAUUUCGACGCGGGUUUGACGAGGAGACGCCCAUCGUGCGUGGUGAGAAGCUUCUCUCCAAAAAGGAGGAGGAUGAAAUGCGUAGCGUCGGUUUGCGCCACGGCAAGCGAGGCAAAGCUGUGGAGGCUUUGAUCAAUCGUAUCGAGCUUACAGAUGGCAAGGAGAAAAUCAAAGAAAAGGACCGAGAAUUCAUGUACGAGGUCAAGUGGAAAGAUCUCAGCCCUGCCGAGAACACCUUCGAGCCAAUUAGCAGGCUUAAACAGCUCAAGGCCUUGAAGCUGGUGGAAGACCUGGAUUCCCGGAUUUGGGCUGCUUGGGCUGGUUGUCCUCAACGGCCAUUGACGGACCGUGAAGUGCUUCAGCACCUGGAGCCUUUUGGCCUCGACGAGGAUGUGGUUUGCCAUCGGAGAAUCUCGGUGCUCUCCUCUGGACAGAAAUGCAAACUGGCCUUGGGCGCCGCCUUUUGGACCAGGCCCCAUGUGGUGUGCUUGGACGAGCCAACGAACUAUUUAGACACGGACACCGUGGAGUUGUUGAAACGUGCUAUGCGUACCUUCCGCGGUGGCUUUGCAGUGGUUUCUCACAACGAGAAGUUGAUUGAAGAGGUCUGCGAUGAAGUUUGGACCGUCGAGGACGGUCGUGUGAAAGCCGAGCGCCGCCGCACCAAAUGACCGCUCCGCGGCGGUUCGGCGGGUCGUCCAG